AUUUUGUUUCGUCACUGUUACAGGUUUCGUGUCGUGUUCGCCGAGCCCAUGCAAGCACGGAGGACUCUGCGUGUCGUCGCCGCGCGGCGAGUCGCACUGCAAUUGCACGUCGAAAUACGUGGGAGAGUACUGUCAGCACUUGAAUCCGUGCUACACGGGAUCGCGCUGCCAAAACGGCGGUUCGUGCAGGGUGCGCGAGAGCGUUGGGGGUGGCACCCCGUCCUUCGCGUGCUCCUGUCCCGUGGGUUUCACCGCCAGUCUAUGCGAAAUCCCUAUCGAGAAUGCCUGCGACUCCUCGCCCUGCCUCAACGGUGCCACAUGCAAUCUCAAGUCUUUGCACGAGUACGUGUGCACGUGCAGCACCGGCUAUACAGGCGAGCACUGCGAACGACAGGAUCACUGCGCCUCGUCGCCCUGUCGAAACGGGGCCGAGUGUCGCUCGCUCGAGGACAGUUACAAGUGCACGUGUGCACCUGGCUUCACCGGGCCGAAUUGCACGGACGACAUCGACGAGUGCGACAGGAACCCGUGCAGACACGGGACCUGCAAAAAUAUCCACGGGUCGUACAAAUGCAUGUGCACGAGCGGAUAUACCGGGCAAAAUUGCGAGAGCGACUACAUCCCCUGCGAUCCGUCACCAUGUGAAAACGGGGGCUCGUGUCACGAGGUGGGCGACCUCAGCUACGCGUGCCAGUGUCCCGAAGGUUUCCAAGGUGUACACUGCGAGGAAAAUAUUGACGACUGCCCGGGUAAUCUCUGUCAAAAUGGCGCCACGUGCGUGGACAGGGUGAACGAGUACUCUUGCCUCUGUCCCGCGGCCUUCACGGGCACGCAAUGCGAGCUGGACGUGGACGAGUGCUCCGUAAGGCCGUCCUUAUGCCACAACGGGGCCACGUGUACGAAUUCGCACGGCAGUUAUUCGUGCAUAUGUGUGAACGGCUGGACCGGGCCGGACUGCAGCGUCAACAUCGACGAUUGUGCAGGUGCGGCCUGCUUCAACGGCGCUACCUGCAUCGAUCGCGUCGGCAGCUUCUACUGCCAGUGCACUUACGGGAAGACCGGGCUGCUCUGCCAUCUCGAUGACGCUUGCACGUCGAAUCCGUGUCACGAGGGCGCGAUCUGCGACACCAGCCCUAUCAAUGGAUCCUUCACCUGUUCCUGCGCCACCGGCUACAAGGGAUUGGAUUGCUCCGAGGAUAUUGAUGAGUGCGAACAAG